UUUUAUUUGCUUUCUUCUUUCUUAUAUAUUUUCAUUCACCGGCCCUCGAUCAUCGUUUUAUUUUUCUACUCCGGCCGAGUCCGUCUCAACGCCGCCGUCUAUGGUUCACAUCCAACCAAUUCAAUUCAACAGCCCGGCGUGUUCUUGCAUUUGUCGAGACCAUGCAUGGCGUCUGAAUGUUUAUGGUGAGGCUGAGAGGAUGCAAAGUUGAACAUUAAUUCUGAGUAAAAAAAGGGCUGCACUUUGGAUCUGUUGUCAGCAUUGAAUGAAAAAAUAAAAAUGGUUUCUGAUGAUGAAGAUGGGGCUACUACUCACAGCACCAGCAGCAGGUUUGACUGCAACAUCUGCCUAGAUUCUGCCCAUGAUCCUGUGGUCACUUUUUGUGGUCAUUUGUACUGCUGGCCUUGCAUUUACCUUUGGCUAAGCACCUCCAAUGAACACCCUUCUCACCACCCCAACUGUCCUGUUUGUAAGUCUUAUAUCUCUAAAUCCACCCUCGUCCCUCUUUACGGCGACGGUGUAUCAUCCUCGUCAUCAUUCUCGUCCUCGUCCUCGUCCUCAUCAUCAUUCUCGUCCUUGUCCUCGUCCUCGUCCUCGUCGUCUGACUCUGAGUCCAAGAAGCACCAGCCGAACAUACCUCAAAGGCCACCAGCUCUUAGUGUGGGGGUGGUACAUGAUAAUCCCGAUGAUCCGCCACCGCCGCUUCCAUCAGAGCCGCCGCCAUACUUGCCUCAUUCCUUUCGGGGCAGCCAUGAUUCAACCCGGGCUGGCAUUGGUGGCACAGUCAUUGCCGGAUUCUUUAACCCCACCAUUGGGGAAAUGUUUUCUGCAGCAAUGUUUGGCAGCUACGAUGCAAACUUGUUAUUGGCUUUUCCAAGUCUGGAUCCAAGGAUAAGGAGGCAAGAUAUCAUGGCGGGCAGAUCACUUCAUAGAUUAUACAUCUUUCUCGUGUUUUGCCUCAUUUUGUGCCUUCUUCUUUUUUAAUUAAGGAUGUUU